UUUCACACUAUCAGUCCAUUGUCGAAACAAGAAACCAACCCAAAACUUCUAAAAAGUUCCAAACUUCACACCUUCUCGUCACCUCAAAAUCCAAACUCAAUGGGAAAAACCCUAAUCGAAAUCUGUCUGAUCUCAGCAAGAGGACUCCGUGUCGGAACCGGAUUCGGAUCCUCACUUCUGAAACACCAAUGGUACGCAGUCGGAUGGAUCGAUCCACAAGACAAGUAUUGCACAACAAUCGAUGCUUCAAGAUCAGACAACCCUCUUUGGAGAACAAAGUUCUCUACUUUACUUGACGACGAUGACGAUGAUUCCAAGGUUCAAGCCUCCUUGCACGUUGAGGUUUAUAGCAGAGAACCAAUCUUCUUGAGGAAGAAGCUUCAUGGCUCUGCUACUGUUUCCUUGAAGGAGUUUUUAGUCAAGUUUAAGAAGCAGAGUUCUUCUGUUGUUGAGGAAACUGGAAGUUAUCAGCUUAGGAAGGUGAAUUCAAGUAAGCCUCAAGGGUUUGUUGAUGUUUCGAUUCGUGUAUCUGCUGAAAGACAGGACUUUGGUGGUUUUACUGGAGAUUUUGGAGGAGUCAUGCUCUCUAACAACUCUAGUUACAUGCCUGGUUCAUCACAGCAUCCAUUUGCUUCAGUGAACCAGCCAAACAAUCCAAACCCAUUCUCAGCCCCGCCAGAUAAACACUACUCCCCAAUGCCUAAUCCUCUAACAAACAACGCUUCUCCACAAAUGCAACAACCUUAUUAUCCUCCUCCACCAAUGCAGCAACCUUACUAUCCUCCUCCACCAAUGCAGCAACCACCACCCCCAACUUUGAAUGCAGGGUACAUGCCUUCAUACAUACCGAGGUCGGAGCACGCUGUGAACCUUCCAUCAUCAUCAUCUGGAGGAUUGGGAAGAGGAUAUGCAAGGCCUGGACCAGGACUUGGAGCUGGUGCAAUAGUUGGAGCUGCUGCAGCGUUUUAUGGCAGAGACUAUUUAUCAGGAGGAUAUGACUUACCUACAAGCUUACCUCUCCCAAAUAUGUCCAUCCCUAAUAUCUCUAUCCCAAAUAUCUCCAUCCCAAAUAUGUCCAUCCCAAAUGGCUCUAUUUCCAUUGAUCCUCCAUUUUGAUUCCUGAAUAAUAAUAUGAAGUGGCAACAACUUGAUCGGUAUGGCUUGUGAGAUUAUCUGAAACUUUAUAAGACUAUAUGUAUUUGAUAUGAUAAGAGGUCCCAUUUGGUUUCUAGGGAAUUUGAUCAAACUGUUAUUACUUUCUAUAUGGUCUUGUUAGAAUAUUACGUAACAUGAUGGUUAUAAGCAAAGUGAUGGGGAUGAAUCUUGAAAUGUACAUUGUCCCAAGCAAUA